AUGGUUGUAGCACGAGAAAACGCCGUUUGCAACUCUCCCAGUACCGUUGUUGCGGCUCCUCCCUGUGGCCAUGGUUGUAGCACGGGCGCCUUGGUCCUCCCCGCGUUUGGCCUGUCGCCGGUUGCAGCAAAAAGGGAAGAGAGGAGGAGGAAAGGGGAGAGAGGGAGAAGGAAGAAGGGUACCUGUUGUUGCCGUGAUCGAGGGAGGGUGGGCGGCAGCGGAGAAGUGGGCAAGGGCACUGAGAUUGGAGGUAGGGACCUGCACGGGAUUGGGGCUGGCCGGCGGCGAGAUCCGAAAGAUGAAGACGAGGGCCAGCAGCGCGCAAGGCUGAGAGGGAAGGAGGGGAUCGGGAGGAAGAAGAAAGUGGGAGAAGAUAAGGGGCCCUUGCGCGCGCACGCGCGCCUGAGAUUCAAGCAGCGCGCUCCGGCGGACGACGGCGCCGCCGCCAAGGAGGCUUGCCCGCGCGACCCAGCGGAUAAAGAGGGCGUCGCGGAGACCGACCCGUACGCCAAGCUGUGGCCGUGGGGGGACUACUUCCCCGACGAAGACGAAUUACGCCGGGAGGACUUCGCCACCAUGCAAGAACGGUUCUCGCGCGAAUCUACGGAGGCGGUCGCGGCGCUAAAAGCCAUGAUCGCCGGCGUGUUCCGUCCACUCCUGGACAACUUCCACCAUCUCCGGUCCCUGAAGACCGUCUACGACACGGAGGACUACCACAUCGGCAUGCCCUUCGGAGCGUUGGUCGCCUGCGUCGGGUGCUAUCAACUGUGGAAGAUGGAUCCGUCCAUGUUUGUCAGCACCGCUCUCGGCUAUGCGUUCUACAAGCUCAGCGUUGUCUCGUUGGAGCUCCGGAAACAGGGCUUUGCCAAUGACCUCAUCACCCGACUUAAAUUUGUUAUCAUGCUCCUCAUCAUGGCCGUAACUUACAAUAAAAAAUAUUCUCCACUUGAUGCUAUCAUGGCGCCUGUUUUUAUGCUCUAUUCAUUGACAUUUGCUUGUGAAGUGACUGGCGUCAAGAAGCAGUUCAAGUAUGCUGUGCCGCUACUUAACAUAAUGCUAAGGCACCCAGAAGGAAGACGGGAGCUACGCGCAAUGUUGUCUGAGGUUGAACUUGAACUUGUAUCAGAGUGUGGGAUCGUGGUCUUAUAA